AUGAACACCGGUCUCGUCAACAGCCGCUUCCUCUCCAAGCCCGAUGAAGUCGGCAUCGUCGCCGUCGGUUUCUCCGGCGGCCAGCCCAAAGCCGGCGUCGACAUCGGUCCCGCCGCCCUCAUCGAGUCCGGCCUCCUCACCGAGAUCCGCGACGAGCUCGGCUACAAGCUCUUUGGCGAUGAGACCGUCCAGCAGUUCGAGGACCUUGUGCCCGAGUCUGACCCUGACUACCGCGGCAUGAAGAAGCCCCGUCACGCCUCCGCCGUCACCCGCAAGAUCGCAUCGCACACAUACGAGCACUCGCGCGAGGGCCGUAUGACCCUUACCCUCGGUGGUGAUCACAGCAUUGCUAUCGGUACUAUUGCUGGUACUGCCAAGGCUACGCGGGAGAGGUUGAACCGUGAGAUUGCUGUUAUCUGGGUUGAUGCGCAUGCGGACAUCAACACUCCUGAGAGCAGUGACAGCGGAAACAUUCACGGCAUGCCUGUUGCUUUCUUGACUGGCCUUGCUAAGGAGGAUAACGAGGAGUACUUUGGCUGGCUCGAGGAUGACAUGCGCUUGAGCGUCAAGAAACUGGUUUACAUUGGUCUUCGAUCUGUUGAUAUUGGCGAGAAGAAGAUUCUCCGUGAGCAUGGCAUCAAGGCUUUUAGCAUGCACGACGUCGAUCGACAUGGUAUCGGCCGCGUUGUCGAGAUGGCCCUCGCUCACAUCGGAAACGACACCCCCAUCCAUCUAUCCUUUGACGUCGAUGCCCUCGACCCCAUGUGGGCACCCAGCACCGGCACACCCGUCCGCGGCGGUCUGACUCUCCGCGAAGGAGAUUUCAUCUGCGAGAGCGUACACGAGACAGGAAACCUUGUCGCCAUUGAUCUCGUCGAGGUGAACCCUCAGCUUGCAGAUGGUAAGCAAGCUGAGCAGAACACAAUCCACGCUGGAUGCUCACUGGUGCGGUGUGCUCUUGGCGAGACUCUUUUGUAA